CUAAAGAGCAGAUUGAGAUUUAGCUUACAACCAUCGCGGGGCACUGGCGGGAUAGGGAAGUCAGUUCUGUUAGUAGUUAGUACUGGAAGUGGCAAAUGCUAUAAUAACAGAAGGACAAGGGUAAUAUCUACAAAAAAAGGUUCAGGGCUGCCGCUUCUUCUUCCUUACCCUCGAGAGAGAAAGAAAAUUCCUUUUCCAUUUUCGGGGCCAGGUUUGGUGUGGUUUUCAUCUCGGUCUGUUUCUUCUAAUUGACUCGUCGGAGUCAUCAUCUCGCCGAGAAACUCCGUCGAUCAGCCCCGACGGUUACAAAUGCGCCUCUAAAUCCCGUGAUAACGGCUGGAACGGCAUUCAUAACCAUUGCUCGUUAAGUGUUUGUUAAAAUUCCUAAGCUUUAGUUAGCAGGUGGGUUUAACUCUUCGCCUCUAAAUCCCGUGAUAACGGCUGGAACGGCAUUCAUAACCAUUGCUCGUUAAGUGUUUGUUAAAAUUCCUAAGCUUUAGUUAGCAGGUGGGUUUAACUCUUCGCCCAGUGUUCAUUUGACUAUCGCCAAGAUACCAUUUCGAGCAAUGGCGGCGGCAACGAAGAAGCGUCUGUUGCAAAGUGCGGCGUUCUCUCCGAAAUUCUUUUCAACUACAGCUUCCCGAGUACUGAGAACCGGAGAUACUUUAAGGCAAACCAGAGUCUUCUCAUGUGAAGACAUCCUUCGGUACUCAGAGGUGAGCCACGAUUCCAAUCCGCUGCAUUUUGAUCCUGAAGUGGCUCGAAGUUCUGGAUUCGAGGACCGGCUUGUUCAUGGAAUGCUUGUCGCCGCACUGUUCCCUCGAAUCAUCUCGUCCAAUUUUCCUGGAGCUAUAUAUGCGUCGCAGAGCCUGCAUUUCAAGACGCCGGUUUAUAUAGGAGAAGAGAUCAUUGGCGAGGUGGUAGCUACUAGUGUUAGGGAACACAAGAACAAAUACAUCGCCAAAUUUGCGACGAAAUGCUUCAAGAAGAAGGGUGACCUGCUUGUUAUCGAUGGAGAGGCUACUGCAAUUCUGCCCAGUAUAUGCCAACAGCAAUAA